AUGUACUCUUCGCUAGCCACCCUUGCGUGGGCCGUCUUCUCGGCAUCCCAAGCCAUGGCCUCGUGCGCCCAUGGUACCCAUCUCCACCGCCGUGCGGAGGGCGCCGUCGAGGUCAGCAACUUUGGAUAUAUCGGCUUGACUGGCCCUACCAACUGGGUCGCCAUUGAUUCUGCCAAUAUCCUGUGCGCCACUGGUACCCGCCAGUCCCCCAUCGACAUGACCGAAGGCCAAUUCCAGCUCGUGCCCGCCAGCGCUAUCGGUCUGCAAAUCCCCGACUUCACCGAAGGCACCGAGUUCGAAAACCUCGGCACCACGGUAGAGGUCGUCGCCAAGGGUGGUACCAUGGCCGUCAACGGUGUUCAGUUCAAUCUCCAACAGUUCCACUUCCACCUUCCAAGCGAGCACCUCGACAACGGUACAAGCCGCGCCAUGGAGAUGCACAUGGUCUGGGAGUCGGCUCAGGGUCAGAUUGCCGUCGUUGGUGUUUAUAUCGACGUCGAGAACGCGAACGGUGGUGCUGUCGCCGCUCCCCCUGCUGCUAACGAGACUGCCGCCGCUGAGAAGCGUUCUGCUAAGAUGGACCCUCGAUAUAAACGGGAGGCCGAGCCGAAGGUCGCCAAGCGUGCUACGACUACUCUCCUCGAGACCGUCUUCUCAUCUGUCGGCGCUAUUACUCAACCUGGUACCAAGACUGAGACCGAACCUCUUGUCAUGUCCGAGAUUGUCGACAUUAUCAACGCUGGUGAUCUUCAAAACUAUUCCGGCUCUCUCACUACUCCCCCCUGUAGCGAGGGCGUCACCUGGUUUGUCUCGACCCAGAGUCUCCAGAUCUCCGCCGAAAACUUUGCACGCGUCCGGGACGUCAUCGGCUUCAACGCCCGCUUCCCCCAGAACUCUCUCGGUCAACCCAACCUUCUUGCCGUCAACGGCGCCAUGAUGUCCAGCCCUCAAGUGCAACUCGCCGCUCUCCGCCAGUCCCUCGGCGGACGCGUUGGAUUCCAAUGA